GGGUUAAUCAUUGUUGUUGUAGUGGUGAGCUUCCUGAAGUUUUUUUAUAUGACAUGUUAUAUCAGCAGCUAUCGAUAUUACUCUAAACAUAUUUAGCAUUAAUCAAAAAAUGUACAUUAAAAUGAAAUACAUUUCCUUCGGUUAUUAAACUGUUCCUUUAUUUAUUGAAAUAUGGGAAGCAAGAGCAGAAUCGAGUGUAUAUUUUUCAGCGAGUUUCAUCCUACUUUGGGUCCGAAAAUUACUUACCAGGUUCCUGAAGAAUACAUUUCAAGAGAGCUCUUCGACACAGUGCAAGUGUAUAUCAUCACCAAGCCUGAACUGCAAAACAAACUAAUUACAGUCACUGCAAUGGAGAAGAAGCUAAUUGGCUGCCCAGUGUGCAUUGAACACAAGAAGUACAGUCGCAAUGCCCUACUCUUCAAUCUUGGGUUUGUGUGCGAUGCUCAGACAAAAACCUGUGCCUUGGAACCUAUUGUGAAAAAGCUGUCUGGAUAUUUGACUACACUGGAGUUAGAGAGUGGCUUCAUUUCAAAUGAGGAGAGUAAGCAGAAGUUGGUGCCUAUCAUGUCUACACUGCUGGAAGAGCUCAAUGCCAAAGGAGCCUGCACUCUGCCGAUUGAUGAGUCCAACACUAUCCACCUGAAGCUAAUUGAGCAGCGUAAGGACCCUCAGAUUGUUCAAGAGUAUGAUGUACCUGUCUUCACCCAGUGCAAGGACCACUUCAUUAAGUCUCAGUGGGACCUGACUACUCAACAGAUCCUGGCCUAUAUUGAUGGUUUUAGGCACAUACAGAAAAUUUCUGCUGAAGCUGAUGUGGAGCUAAAUCUUGUUCGGAUUGCUGUGCAGAAUUUACUGUAUUAUGGGGUUGUAACACUGGUCUCAAUAUUUCAGUACUCCAAUGUGUACUGCACCACCCCUAAAGUACAAAACCUCAUGGAUGACAAAUCUAUCCAGGAAGAUUGUCUGCUCUUCGUCACCAAGCCUGGGCAGAAGCGGGCCAGCCUACGAGAUGUGUUCCAGCUGUACUGUGGUCUCAGUCCUGGCACGACAGUGCGUGACCUCUGCUCCCGCUACUCUCAGCAGCUUCAACGGGUUGAUGAGAGGAAACUGAUCCAGUUUGGGCUGAUGAAAGGUCUUAUCCGUCGGCUGCAGAAGUAUCCAGUUAAAGCUAUUCGGGAUGAGAGGUCUCGCCCACCCCGCCUAUACACUGGCUGCCAUAGCUAUGAUGAGAUAUGCUGCAAAACAGGAAUGAGCUACAGAGAACUAGAUGAGAGACUGGAGAAUGACCCCAACAUCAUAGUUUGCUGGAAAUAAAUUUCCCAACAGUCCUGACCUAGAUGAAUUUUCAGUGGCAGUAGCUUUUUACAAAGUCUAGAAUUUUAAUUUUGUUGUUAUUUAGAAGUGCACUGAAUGUCAUUUCAGAAUGCUAGUUACCAUUGCUUUAAACAUGUUAAACUAUCCCAAUUCUGUACCUUUAUGUUAAAGGUCAGUUGGGGCUAUAAUUUUCACAGCAACAUUAAUUUAAAAGAGUUCUAAUAAAGUGCUAUACAUUUUGGAAUAAA